GGAGCUGCAAUAUUAGUGUACUGGUGUAUGCUGCAGUUGACCAUGGAGGUGCUGGGGUUGGUGUAUAUUCCGACCUGGCUCCAAUGGCCGGUGUUGUUGCUCGGACUGUUGGUGACCUACGUCGUUUACAUGUCUUGGGAUCACAACACAUUUAAGAAGAUGGGGGUUGGCGGUCCUACGCCUGACCCAGUAUUAGGCAAUAUGAGGAUGUUCAUCAAAUACGGACUGGUUCAGACGGAACGAAAUAUGUACCGCAAAUAUGGCAAAGUAUUUGGAAUGUAUGAGUCGUAUAUCCCGGUCCUGUACAUUGCUGAUCCGGCUCUCCUGAAGCAUAUCAUGGUGAAGGAAUUCAAAAGUUUCGUCAACAGACGGAACACAUUUACAAAGUUUACCGACCGCAAGAUGUCAACAAUGGUUACACAACUGGAGGAUGACCACUGGCGAUUUGUUCGGAACGUCAUCACCCCAACAUUUAGUGGCAAGAGGCUGCGUCAGAUGGCACCAUUAAUAAACAGCUCUGCCGACAAAUUCAUGGAAAACAUAGAAAGAAAAAGAAAAGAAGAUCAAGACAUCGACAUGAAAAAGUUCAUAGGAGGUUUUACAAUGGAUGUGAUUGCCAGUACAGAUUUUGGUCUGGACGUGGACAGCCAGAAUAACCCGGAUGAUCCUUUCACGAAGCAAAUCCGGACUUUCACCUAUUCAAAAGCUCUUGCAUUUAUGAUGAUUAUUGUUUUCUUUCUUCCUUUUCUUGGUUGGGUUUUGAGACUAUGCGAUUUUCUUGGGAUCAAUCUCACAGAAGCAAAAGCUGCUACUACCUUUUUCACACGUGUCACAGAAAAAGCCUUAGAGGGGAGACGGAAAUCCCAAGGGAAAACCCCCUUUUUUUUCGGAAUAUUGAUUAAUACCGAAGACAGAGAUGUGAAAGCAAAGCAGGAAGAAGCAGAUACAGAAAGCAAAGAAAACGAUGUUAGCCAACCAUCGUCAACAUGGAUGCGAAAAACACUAACUGCGGACGAGAUAACAGCCCAGGCUACACUGUUUUUCAUUGCUGGAUAUGACACGACCUCCAACACUCUUUGCUUCAUCAUGUACCAUCUGGCAAUCUACCCUGAUAUCUGUGACAAAGUCCUACAAGAAAUUGAUGCAGGAUUACGUGGGGAGGCCCCUCACUAUGACAACGUAACCAAUCUCUGCUAUUUGGAAAUGUGUGUCCACGAGACAAUGAGGCUGUUUGCUGCAGCAAGAAUUGACCGUAUGGCUAGCAAUGACGUCACCAUCGGAAAUAUCAGGAUCCCGAAAGGAAUGAUUAUAAAUAUACCGGUGGGUGCCAUACAUAUGGAUCCCGAGUACUGGCCUGAACCAGAGAAAUUUGACCCGGAAAGAUUUACACCAGAGGCCAAGGCUAACAGGGACCCAUUCGUCUUCAUGCCAUUCGGUGCUGGGCCCCGUAACUGUGCUGGGAUGAGGCUUGCUCUCCUAGAAAUAAAAACUCUUAUCGCCAGAAUGCUUCAGGAAUAUCGACCUGUUAUAGGACCGCAGACAAAGGUUCCUAUCCAGGUGUUAAAGCUGGGGAACAUUUCAUUGGAUUUGUAUCUUAAGUUUGAGAGGAGGAAUUAA